AUGCAGUUCAACGCUAUUCUCCUCACCCUCGGCCUGUUGAGCGCCACUGCUUCCGCUGAGACCAUUCUCGGAUGCUGGAACGGCCGAUUCACCUGCGCCGGCGCUUGUAUCAACAAGGGCGAGUGCAAAGAAAUCCAGAGCAGCGACAACGCCUG